GAGGUCCAACUUGCGCACCGGCGCAUCCCGCGUGUAUCCAAGGACCGUCGCCUGGUCGACGCUCCACGGCUCGGUCACCAGCGUUCCCGAAGGUGUGCAAGAUCUGCAUAUCCAAGUGGAGGUGACAGACGUUGUCGUGGGGCUCCCACGGCUCGCGGGGCACGAUCCCGACUGCCGCUCACAGAGUGCCGAACUCUGGACGGCGUACCAUGGGGAAGCGGAGCCUACUGAAGAGCUGUGUUCACGGGUCUGCGCCAACAGCUUGAACUGCUUUACGUCCUAUCCUGGCGCGAACGGCUGCUUUGCCUUGGUGGGGAAGCCAAGCUGCUGGGAGCUGCCGCAAACCAGCGACAUCGGGGAGGUCAAUGCGAGCUUGCAAGGAGCAGACAGCAGCUCAGGGCAACUGCCCGCUUGGCGUGCCGAGCGACAUCUCCGAGGCCGGCUCAGUGGUUGUCGACGCAAGGAGAAUGAGACGCUCGUGGGUCAGAUGGUGGCCGUGGAGGCAGGCAAGCUUGCCUUCGGUGUGGUGCAACCAGACUGGGCUGGCCCAGCGGCUACUUUGAGCUUCUCCCUCGAUCUGGAGGUUGGCGGACAGAGCUUCGAGACAGACUUCGUUCCCAUCACGCUUCACCGAGGACUCCCGGCGCCAAACGAUGUUCUGUGCCUGCUAAUUGGGGAGAAGGACGCCGGCAGCGAGGUUCUUAAGCCUGAGGGUAAGGUGGACAGUCAGGGCAAUGCUGUUGUCACCAUCUCCGAGUAUGACCCGACGGUCUUCAAGAGCCUCCGACUGCUGGUGAUGCCCUUGCUUCCUGAUCCGGACCUGCGAGCAAACUGGUCGGAGUGGUGUGCUCCGAGCCAGGAGGACCAGAAACGUUUGGAGCAGCAUAGCCGAUGCCAAACCAGCGACAUCAUCAGAUCGCGCUACAAAGUUUGCGGAGCCCCGGGCGGCGUCACCCACGGGCGGCCGCUGAACGACGAGCCCCUCGUCGUCAACCUCGAUCCUUGGCUGGGUCGGCCACAGGCGCAGCCCACUUUCGGCAUCGUUCACCGCGAUGGUCCAGGCCACGGCUCGGGAUCGAAGGGGUCGGCCAAGGAGCGCACUGUGGCCCUUCACUUCGAAGGGGUCGACGGCCCGGCCGCUUGGGCAGCGCACCACGGCUGCGCGCUGCUAAACUCCAGGGAGGCAGAGCGCGGCAUCUUGGCCUCCGCAGAUGCCAUUUGCAGCCUGCUGUCAAGUUGCGCUGAUCGGCUCUGCGAAAAAGUCCACCGUUACACCUUGGGUGCUGGACAGGUUUGGGAUGAAGCAGCCGGGGGUCGUGUAAACUCACUACCGUCGGUGUCAGCGGAGCAAACCGCGAAGGUGCUGACGUGCUUGCAACAGCAG